AUGAUCGAGUCGUCGAACGCCGCCCCUUCUGCGUCGUGCUUGUCACCGUCUUCGCUUCCGUCGACGGUCUGUGGAGACUCCUGCCUUGAAGGAAUCGAUGCGCUGAGUGCGACGCCUAGUGUGGACGUGGUGCUCGAAAUGACUGCUCCAUUCGACGCGGACGGGGUGCAAGGGUCGCCUAAAGUAACGCGAGCUGAAGUAUUCCGUGCUCUUCAAGCGUGUGACGGCGACAUUUCACGAGCCGUCGACGACGUUUUAAGUCUAGUGGCGAUCAAGACGAUGCGGGAACAAGAGCAAAAGACACUUGAAGAGCGACGAAAAAACGCGACGCUUCAGCUCCACGAACUCUGCAGUAGCUUGGGACUGGACGACGACAGCUCUUUCAUCGCCGCGCUGCAGCAAUUGCCUGCUAGGGAGCGAGACGAUAUCCUGGCUACAGACGGAGCUUUUGUCCAGCAGUUGUUGCUCAGUCUCGACGAAGGAGAGAGCAACUGGGAAGACGGAAGAUGUGGCGGCAACGUUGAAGUGGAAGGGGACGACGACGUGCAUCCGCUGCAGCUGCUGCUUGGGCUGUUUCCAGACUAUAAGGCGGACGUGGUGGAAGACGUGCUGGACCGGUACAAGUACGACGUGAACAAAGCAGCCGAAGCGCUGCAGCAUCUGCAGGCGCUCGAUCAUGUCCAGAGCUAUGCGACAGUCGUGAGUGCAGACGCUCGUGCGGCGGCGCGACAUCGGGACCUGGUGGUCAAUGGACCGAACGUGGAGUCGCUCGGACAUUUUCCAGCACUAGCAAUAGACGGAAAAAACGGCGUGUCGAAACAGCAGCUGAAGCAGCAGCAGCAGCGAAGCAGGAGACAAGCGACGAUCCAAGUGCGGCUGCAGGAACGACCGCCGCCGAAACCUUUGCCUUUAUCGAUAGCGUUCCCGACGCUGCCGGUGCGCAAGUACGUAAGCGAGGGCAAUGGAGUGGCAGCGAACAGUGUGUGGAAUCAUCAUUACCGUCUCGAGUCAAGCAUUACGACGCAGCUAAAACUCGAGCGGCUUGAGAAGCUACUGCCGAGCGUCAGUAGCAGUGUCAUCCACACUACUUUCAUUCUGAACGGGUGUAGCUCGGAUGCAACUGAGGCAGCUCUGCGUGAAGUGUACAACUUACCGCUGGCAGGAAAGCACGUACCUCCUCCACCAAGUGUAGUGGAGGAAAUGGAAAUGGCUGCUGCUGCCGCAGAAGCUGAGCAAAUUGCUGCUGCGAAGACCAGUUGCAAGUUGCGUCAAGGCGACCAGGCUGAAGACUGGAAGCUCGUUUCUAGCAAGCAAAAGAUCAACGCAGCAAGAGAAAAACUCAGCAAUCGCUACUGCGACGUUCUUGCGUCUUUCAGACGCGGUCAACACGUUCUUGCAAGUGAGCGGAUUCGAGAAUUGAGCAAGGCGCGUCGUGAACAUCGCGAGGCUCAACGUCAAUGGGCUCGCGAGUACUUUCUGUUGCACGAAGAGCAUCUGAAACACCAGCGGCCAAUCGAUCUGCAUGGUAUGAUCGUGAUGGAGGCACUUUGGGUGGCUCGCGAAGCAAUCGAGUAUUGCCAGACGCACCGUAUCCGUCGGUGUUUGUUAAUCUGUGGUGUUGGUCACCACUCGAUCAACGGCAAACCGCGCAUUCUGACUGCGCUUCAGCUUUCACUGAAUCGACGCCAGAUUGCAUCCCGCGAGCUCCAUGGUGUGGUGACAGUGUUUCCACUCCGUUCGACAGAUUUGUCCUGA